CAACUUCUGGGCUUGUCUCGUUACCAAUCGCCGUCACAGCGGAUGUCACUAGACGAUUUGAUGCAGCGCCGAGCUCCACGCGAUGAUCGUCCAUCAAAUGCCCAUCAAAUCACAGCGCUGGCUUCCUCCUCGUGGCAGCCCCAGACCCCGCCGAUCGUUCAAUAUGCUUCAGCCGACCUCACCUCUUCCCACUCUUCUCCAUCUAUUCCACGCAAAGACGACCAGAUCCUCGGAGACUCCCACGUUGAUGGCGUUGCGUAGAUGCUCUACCGAUGUGAGCUAGAGAAUUGACAGACAUGCGUUUCACCAAGUCCUUCCUGGCCACAGUGCCUCUGUCCGUCCUCUCCUUCUCUCAAUUCUCGAUCGCACAAUCCAACAGCACUUCUGCCGUCAAUACAACAACCUGCAACGGCCAGACAUACGUCUACGAGGAACUCGCGGGCUACGGGUUCAUUCCCGGCAAUGCUCGCGACAAAUUCGGCGACACAAUCGGUGGCAUCGGCUCAUCCAUUGCUAUCGACCGCCUUUCCUGGGUCAAAGUUGGCAAGACUUAUAAGGGACUACUUUACAGUCUCCCCGACAGAGGCUGGAACACGGAGGGCACGCUCAAUUACCAAUCACGCAUCCAGAAGCAUUUGGUUUCAUUCACUCCUUCUCCUUCUUCUUCCUCUCAAAAUCCAAGCCGGCCGAACAUCGAGUUUACCUACCUGGACACCAUCCUCCUAACAGACCCUCGUGGCCAGCCAACAGUCGGUCUCGAUGGCGGUCUGACCGGACCAUACCUCAAUUUUCCGGAAUGUGGCGAGCUUCCCUCUGCGAACUACACAGGCGACGGUUUUGGCGGCUCUGGAUCAGGAGGUAGCAGAGUUGUAAUCGACGCUGAAGGUCUCGUUCUCGGCCGUGGCGGCACGUUCUGGGUAUCCGACGAGUACGGUGACUUCGUCUACCAAUUCUCUCCGACCGGACGCAUGAUCCGCGCUAUCCGUCCACCACCGGCCUUCACGCCCAUUCGCAAUGGUUCCGUAUCCUACAGCUCCGACAACCCACCUCGCUACGACCCUGCUCUUGUACCCAACCCAGUCGAUCCUACAACUGGGCGCGCCAACAACCAAGGUCUCGAAGGCCUAACGACAAACCCAUCCGGUACGAAGCUCUACGCUCUCGCCCAAUCCGCUCUCAUUCAAGACGGUGGCUCCAAGAAGAAGACUUCCCGCAACGCCCGUUUCCUCGUCUACGACAUCUCCAACCCUUUCGCCGUCGCCAAGCUGGAGGCCGAGUACGUCGUCCCUCUUGCGCGCUUCGGUAACAAUGACGUCGCACGCCAAUCCGAAAUCCACUACAUCUCGCCAACUCAAUUCCUCGUCCUGGCCCGUGACUCUAAUGCUGGACGUGGCCAGGGGGCCAGCACAACCAGCCAGUACCGCCACGUCGACGUCUUUGACAUUUCUGGUGCGACCAACGUGGCUGGCAAGUCGGACUGCCAGGGCUGCCAGGUGGCCACGUCAGCUGGUGUGCUGAACAGCAAUACCACAGCUGCGGCGUACUGCAGCUGGUUGGACUUCAAUGUCAACUCGCAGCUCAACCGAUUCGGCGUGAGGAACGGUGGAGCUCAAAGUGACGGUCUGCUCAACGAGAAAUGGGAAUCUCUGGCUCUCGUGCCUGUGAACGCACAGCCUGGUUAUGGUUUCGGACGCAAGGAUGAUGCGGACGAGUAUUACCUGCUGUCCUUCUCGGACAACGACUUCAUUACGCAGGAUGGAUAUCUGAAGGGUGGAGAGUUCAAGUAUGCGGAUGCCAGCGGGUACAACUUGGACAACCAGGCAUUGUUGUUCAAGGUGAAGCUGCCGCAGGGAUCGCAGCCGCUUGUGGGAUGAGUAACGCUUUUGGGAAAGGAAUGGUGGGUGAGAAAAGUGACCAUGGACAUUGAUGGGGCUGCCGAGGCGUAUAUACGCACAGGAUGUCCACAGACGAGGACAGGUAUCCCAGUUACAAAAAAUCGUCCACGAUUGCACAGCUUCCUGGGUGAUCACAUGAAUGAGACGCUUGGCAGUCGUGGACGUAUAUGGAAGACACUCGAGGUGUUUGAUAGGCGUGUAAUGAAGUUGGCAGAGAUGCUGAAUAGGCAUACAGAUCAGCUGGCAGGACAUGCUGGAUAGUCGUACAGGUAGCGUAGUAUUGAUGCCAAAUAGACAUGCAGGUAGCCUUUG